AUGCCUGCCGAAUCUAUCUUCCCGGACUUUGUUCUCGGCCACCCCAGACAUCACCAGACGCGACCCCAGGGUGUGCCACAUAGACAAAAACCCAAGGCACGGCCGCCCACAGGGUUGAGGGAUAAAGUUCCGUUCUAUGGCAAGCUCCCACACUAUGCGGGCCCUUACGAGGUCGGGAUCAUCGACCUCGAGGUGCCGGCCAAGGACCCCAGGACUUUUUCAGAUAUCAAGCGGCACGGCGUUCAUGCCCUUGCCCUAGAGACGGUGUUGAUGACCAUCUACUAUCCCGCCCAUCUGGACGUCAAAUACAACGUCGACGUGCCAUCCACGAGGCAAAGGCAUCGCCCGACAUGGCUGACACGACCGAGAGAUCAGACGAGUCGCGGCUACGGCCGGUUCGCGGCUCUUCCGGAGCCGCUGAUGAUGGCCUUCUUCUUCUGCACCACCUGGUAUACGAAAAUCCCGGCAUACAAAAAUGCAAAACUGGCAGAACACUGGCCUCCGCCCGGAGAAGCUCCCACGGGCAGUCGGAAGGCCGUGGACAUCGAAGGGGAACCCCCCGCCCAAGGCCCCGAUAAGCCCAAAUUUCCUCUGAUCAUCUUCAGUCACGGAUUGGGGGGCACAAGGACGUGCUACUCGUCCGUCUGUGGAGAGUUUGCCAGCCACGGCUUUGUGGUGGUGGCGAUCGAACACCGCGACGGAAGCGGCCCGAGAACUCACGUCAAUCACUCUGAUAGGGGGCCAGGAAGCCGGCCCUGUACAGAGGCCAAGGGUCAUGUCGAGCACCGGAAAAAAGACACCAAGAGAGCCUAUGACACUGUGGACUUUAUUUUCGCGAAAAACGACAAGUACGACACCAGUCCCGGCCACCAAGUGGACCAUGAACUACGCAACGCCCAAAUCGAUCUGCGGUUAGCCGAGAUCGACGAAGCCUAUCAGAUAUUGCAAGAAAUAUGUGCCGGGGAUGGCGACCAGGUGGCGGCGAGAAACCUGCGGGUCAAGCCCGCCAUCGGUGCUUCGCGGGUUGGUCUGGCUGGCAUUGACUGGUCGUCCUGGAAGGAUCGAUUCUUCACCGAGGGGGUCACCAUGGUUGGACAUUCCUUUGGGGCGACGACGACGGUGGAGGUGCUCCGACAGAAACACCGGUACAAAUACAUGACGCAGGGAAUCAUCUACGACAUCUGGGGCAUGCCCGUGCGGCCGACCGCUGAAGAGCGCGACAGCCGCAUUCGAGUUCCGCUGCUGGGGAUCAACUCCGAGGCAUUCAUGUACUGGCCCGACAAUUUCGAGGUGGCCAAACAAGUGACGAUGGAGGCGCUGCAGACGGGACAUCCCGCAUGGCUGCUGACCGUGCGCGGGACGGUGCACAUCUCUCAAUCCGACUUUUGUAUCCUGUAUCCGCAGCUGGCCAGCUACCUGAUGAAGACCACGAUCGACCCCGUGCGCGCCAUCGACGUGAACAUGGACGCGUCUCUGGAGUUUCUGGCCCGCGUGCUGCCCCGGGAGGUGCACCACGAACAACCCUUUUUGAGACGGAUGAGCCCGAAGAAGCUUCUGGACGGCGCCCCCUUGGAGAAUCUGCCGACCGAACAUCGACCGGACAAGAAAUGGACGGCGGUGCGGUUGAAGGUGGAGCACGAGGCCCGGAAACGGCUCACGCCCGGCACGCGGAAGCGGUACUGGGAGAAGCUACAGCAGUCGCGGGACGGGGAGAUCUGGCUGCACAUCAGCCCGGACAGUGCGGCCGGGUUGGAAAAAUGCGAGACGUGCCGGAUUCCGCAGUGGACGGAGAUUGACAGGCCGAGUUCGAGUGAAGGGACGUGA